UUGCCCACCUCUGUUCAGAUGCAAGGUAUGCUUGAGUGCUCCAUUCAACUUUGACCUUUACUGACUUGGACACAACUCCUUCACGCAUAGCAGUCCUCUCAUCCCAAACGGGCCAAAUUUAGUUUUGGAGAGACGCGCUGAAAUGCAGAUGGAGAAGCUGUCUUGUGUGGUUUAUGUUCUGCAGUUCGUGACAACAUUUGAGAUGGACUUGGACUGAAUGUGCCAUACAUCGUAGGAGUAUUUGAGGGAGAGAAGGCUGGCGAGACUUCAACUCUCAAUUCGAACAAGCUUGGCUAAAUUGCACGUGGGCCUGGAGGUACAUUCUGUGAUGUUCAGAACAUACCUGUAGAUAGAUAUCAAUGCAAACAAGCCUCCUCAAAUCAAAGCUCGAUCACCUUUCCUUCUGCUCGAUCCUAGCAUCAUGGAUGUAAAAUUUUACCUUCACAACCUCCGUACUAAGCAUGGCCAAUGCCGCUUCGCCCAUUAAUUAUGGGAUCUAAGAGACGUGGUGUUGGCUUUCUCGAUGUUCAAUCGCAUAAUUUCGCACUCCGUUGGAAUGAGAAUUCGUGCUUGAGGGAUGUUGUAGGAGGCGGUGAGGAGGUUGGAUCAUUGGCAUCAGUGGAGACGAUAAUGCCCAUCACAUGGCCUUCACAUUGCACAAAAUCGAGUGCGUUAAUGCGUGCAUCCGCCUCUCUUCGCUCGAAAUUUGAACUGAAGGUGAAAGCGAAGAACGAAAAACGAAGCUUGAGGUUGGUUGAGGAGAUUAACUCCGAAAUGAGACACGGCGUUCCAUCGCCGGCUUCUCGACCUCCCACAGUCUUCCUUGACGAGUCGCCCCCCAUGUGCAACCCUAAAGAUGACGAUAAUCAUGCCAAAAAUCAUGCCAAAAAUCACGGAAUUCAUGAUGAAACCUUCGAUAAGGUUGGAAUCAUCGGCCGGCUCAUAGACAAGCGCGUCUAAAAAGCACUGCUUAGAAAUACAGACAUCAGUCAGCACCUCCAUCCACCUCAAUCACCCCGCAAUCCAGGUACAUACAGUCACAAUGAAACACCAAGUUGAACUCCCAUAAUUCUAUAAAACCCGCACCAUGUCUCCUCUCUCCUCCUCUCCCUCUAGCUCAAAGGAUUAGCAACGUCUCAACAAUGGCCACCCUAGAAAAUCGCGGCAUCAUAAAAACAGCGCAAUAUCAUGCCUCCCUUGCUGAA